AACCACCCAAAGUCACUGUGAUGCCCAAGAAUCAGUCAUUCACAGGAGGAUAUGAGGUCUCCAUCAGGUGUUCUGCAACAGGUUAUCCCAAACCAAAGAUCACCUGGACCAUUAAUGAUAUGUUUAUCAUGGGUUCACACAGGUAUAGGAUGACCUCAGAAGGUACCUUAAUUAUCAAAAAUGCAGUUCCCAAAGAUGCAGGGAUCUAUGGUUGCCUGGCAAGUAAUUCAGCUGGAACAGACAAACAGACUUCUACCCUCAGAUACAUUGAAGCCCCAAAGUUGAUCGUAGUUCAGAGUGAGCUCUUGGUUGCUCUUGGGGAUACAACAGUUAUGGAAUGUAAAACCUCUGGUAUUCCUCCACCUCAAGUUAAAUGGUUCAAAGGGACCCCCAAACCAACCAUCAGAUGGAUAUGGAAUGGUAGGGAGCUGACAGGCAGAGAGCCUGGUAUUUCUACUUUGGAAGAUGGCACAUUGUUGGUUAUUGCUUCUGUUACACCCUCUGACAAUGGGGAGUACAUCUGUGUCGCAGUCAAUGAAGCUGGAACCACAGAAAAAAAAUAUAACCUCAAAGUCCAUGUUCCUCCAGUAAUUAAAGAUAAAGAACAAAUAACAAACGUAUCUGUGUUGGUCAAUCAGCUGACCAAUCUCUUUUGUGAAGUUGAAGGUACUCCUUCUCCCAUCAUUAUGUGGUACAAAGAUGACAUCCAGGUGACUGAAAGCAGUACUAUUCAGAUUGUGAACAAUGGAAAGAUAUUAAAGCUCUUCAAAGUCACUCCAGAGGAUGCAGGAAGAUAUUCCUGCAAAGCAGUUAAUAUUGCAGGCACUUCUCAGAAGUAUUUUAACAUCGAUGUGUUAGUCCCACCCACCAUAAUAGGUGCCAACUCCCCAAAUGAAGUCUCUGUUGUCUUCAACCAUGACAUCACCCUCGAAUGCCAAGUCAAAGGCACCCCUUUCCCCGUUAUUCACUGGUUCAAAGAUGGCAAGCCUUUAUUUUUAGAGGAUCCUAACAUUGAACUUCUAGACAGGGGACAAGUUCUGCAUUUAAAGGAUGCACGAAGAAGUGACAAGGGGCGCUACCAGUGCACUGUGUCUAAUGCAGUUGGCAAACAAGCCAAGGACAUAAAACUGACUAUCUACA